AUGAUAAAUUCUUUAAAAUAUAUCAACGAAAUAUUAUUAAAGAAGCAAUUAAAAAGUAGGCAUAUUUUCAAAAAAAGUCUUUUAAAUUAUUCCAGCUAUAGUAUUACAAUUGUAGAUAGGUUAGAAAAUACUAAGAUUAAAAAGGUAUAUGGAAAAGUGUCAAAAAAAGAAAGAGCACAAGAAAAGGAAAAAGGGAACAUUUCCGAAGAAGCAGAUAACCCUUUGAUAAAAAGAAAUUUUGAUUUAUACAAAGAGAAUAAAGAAAAGUCUAUAUUUUAUGAAAGUGAAAGAAUUAUAAAAUGUACAAGUGGCUCAGGUGGUAAUGGUCAUAUGAGUUUCAAAAAAUACAAAAGAAAAGUUUUUGGAUCUUUAGGUAUACCUAAUGGGGGUAAAGGAGGAAAUGGUGGAAGUAUAUACAUAUGUUAUACAAAUGGAAAGGAAAAUAUAAAAAAAAAAUCCAAGAGGAAUAAAAUCCAAACUGCUUAUAGUAAUAAAGAUAAAUAUAUAUAUAUUAAUAAUUUGAAUGAACUUUCUACAUCUCUUUGUGCUACUGAUGGAGAAAAUGGAAAGGCUAAUCAAUUGAGAGGGAGGAAUGGCAAAAGCAUUUUUAUUUAUUUGAAUAAAAUAUGUCAUGUGUAUGAACUUUUUUCGGACGAUAAGGAUAUAAAUAAUUGCGAUGAUAAUAUAAAUAAUUGUGAUGAUAAUAUAAAUAAUUGUGAUGAUAAUAUAAAUAAUUGUGAUGAUAAUAUAAAUAAUUGUGAUGAUAAUAUAAAUAAUUGUGAUGAUAAUAUAAAUAAUUGUGAUGAUAAUAUAAAUAAUUGUGAUGAUAAUAUAAAUAAUUGUGAUGAUAAUAUAAAUAAUUGUGAUGAUAAUAUAAAUAAUUUUGAUGAUAAUAUAAAUAAUUUUGAUGAUAAUAACAUAAAUUGUAACACAUUCAAUGAUGUAUUAAAAAAAAACGAUUGGCACAUAAAGAAAGAAUAUAAUUAUUUUUCAAAUUAUGAAAAGAAUGUGUAUAAUGUAUUAAAAAAAAAUGAUCCUGUUUAUAUCAAACGAAAUAAUCAUAUAUUAAAAGAAAUUAUGCAUAUAGAUAAAAAGGUAAGAAAACAAAGAUUUAUAGGUAUAUUGAGUGAGAAUAACAAUUGUAUAUUACUAGCUAAAGGAGGAGAAGGUGGAAAAGGAAAUAAUAUGAAUAAUACAUUUUCAUAUGAAAAUGGAAAAAAAGGUCAAGUUACAUAUAUUAAAAUAGUUUAUAAAUGUAUAAGUGAUAUUUGUAUUAUUGGAUAUGAACAGUCAGGUAAAUCUAGCAUUCUCUCAUUAAUAACUCAGAAAAUCGAGACUGCUAAUAAUUUAUAUAUAUUAAAAAAAAUAUAUUUUGCUGAUAUGUACCAAAUAUCUGUGGCUGAUUUUUUUAAUAACGACAAACAAAUAAAAGAAGACAAAAGUGUACGUCUAAACGAAGAAAAUAAAAACAUGCCUUCAUUUCAUAUAAAUGAAAAUAUCUUCAGCUUUUUGGGAUUAACACACCUUUUGGUUAUUGUUCUGGAUAUGAGCUACGAUUUGAUAAGGCAAUUUAAAACUAUCAGGAAUCAAUUAAAGAGGAAGGACGAACAAAUUUAUAGGAAACCAUACAUUGUGGUCAUAAACAAAUGUGAUGUUAAUUUUAAAGAAAAAAUUAAAGACACCGAAAAAGCUUAUAACGAAAUAAAAAUGUAUGAUAAUGAUGAUGUUCCUAUUUUUUUUCUGAGUGCAAAAUAUGGCAUAGGAAUAAAUGAAUUUGUUAACUGUUUAAGGAGCUCUAUAAUUAAAUUAAAGAAAAAUGGUACCUCGGUUUUAUGA